AUGUAUGACCCUGAGGGUGGAGAACGAAUAGUUCCAAUAAAUUCGGCACUUCUCUUUCACCACAAAGGAUUCAAUACUCCCCGAAGCGUAGUAUAUUGGAUAUCACCACCAACGAAUGGAUGGGAAACACCGUCGCCACACCAAUACCACAUCCAAACGGAUGAGGGACCAGAACGAUACUUUCGAUACCAAACCGACAGCGGUCAAUACCGUAAAGAAAAACGACUUGAAGAUGGUACCGUUGUGGGAACGUACGCUUGGAUUGAUGCCGACGGAAUCAUGCAUCAAAGGGAUUAUAUCGCCGACAGUGCAGGCUACCGAAUACUCAAAUCCAAGAAAGUCUAUGUUGGGAGGCACACAGACGUAGGGGAAGCGAUAAAAGUCGCAAAAAAGUACCCUGCCUCAGCUGGCACGUUGGUACAGUCGAACAAACGGCCAGUCAUCACAGUUCCUUACUCGGCAGGAGUGCCUCCAUCUACUUAUGCACCCAGUCUGCCUUCCUCCCAUUAUGUUUCUAGUUCUACUCCUGCAUCUGUAGUCACUACCACUUCUACAUCCCAUGUGAAUAUAUCGCCCCAUUCCAUUCUCUCAACAACAUCACAUGGAGUUGUUUCCUCAACCGAGACGCCUGUAGUGGAAAUAACCCCUAGUCAGUACCUGCCACCAUCAUCCACUCCCGCACCAAGUCUUGAACCACCUGUUAAUUUCACUUUCGUUUCGGGUAAUUAUCUUCCCUCUUCCCCAAAUCCUUUUUCUGUGGCAACGGAAUAUAUUUCAACAUCAAAUCCUACAGGGCAAUACGUACCCCCUGUGGUAACUUCUACAGAACACCCCUAUUAUCCUCCUGUGGUGCCCAUAACACCUCCUCAACAGUAUAUUCCAACUUCGUAUAAUAAUUUGCCUCAACCUUUAGGAGAAGUCGAUAAUUCCUUGGACUACAAUCCAAAUGUCCGUCAGGUGAAUAAUGAUUAUAGAUUCCAAAAUGGACCGACCUAUCCGAUAGACAGGAACGGAAAACCUUACAGCGGACAGAAUUUGGGAAAUGGGUAUGAUCCCCAGUACCCCACUUACGACGGGGUUUCGGUUACUAAUGACGGAUUCAGGUAUUAUAUACCAAGGGCAUAUCACGAGGAACAAACUCUACCUGGAGAAAAACGAUCUGGAAGUUUUGGCUACAUCGACCCAUUCGGAAUUCGUAGGGUUAUUUAUUAUAACACAGCACCUGGGUCAGGCUUCCAGCAUAGAAAAAAUAACAGAUACGUUGGAUUCCAAGCCACGCCAUAUGACCCACGACCUUAUUGAUGUUAAAGAAAGUGGAAACCAUGGUGUAUCCAGGAUUUUUUAUCUUGCCAGUUGAAAUGAUUUAAUCACUGGAGAAUUUUGAAGGAUUUUUUGUGAUAAAUUGAAUUUAAUUAUUGUAGUUAUGAUAUUUGCGCAACCAGAUAACAUAAUCAUCCAGGGGAGAUACUUAUCAGUGAUGAUUAUUCAAUAACAGUUCAGAAGAAUGACAAAACAUUCGAAUAAUAUUGAAUGUGAUUCCAGAGAUGAUAAUUUGCCCAAACCUUUGGCCAGUUUUCAACCACUGGAAACACAAGUUGCAUAAUGAAAUAAUGUCCCAUUUUCGCAAAUAAUUUCCAUUGGAUGAAAGGAUAUGAAUAUUGUACUGCAUUUCUAUUGAAAGUUAUUCAUAAUUUCGAUAUGCAAUUAUAGUUGAGUUAUCAUUCUUAGGCUCAUCUUCGAAGAUGGACCUACUUCAAGUUGCACAGGAAAUUUCUCAUAGUAUUUUUCAUAGAAGAAAUGAAAUUAAUCUAUCUAUCCUUGGGCUAAAUUUAAUCUAUAUUGUUUCAUUUUAGUAGGUCAUAUAUUUUUUCGAAGAAUCGAAGAAGUAUUAAACACAUUGUAUGAGGCUCUGUAACAGUUUCCUCUGUAAGAAUCCCCUAGUGAGGACACCAAUUUUAGAUGGUGAAUAAAAUUUUAAUAUUUUUUACUUGUAAUUGAAAAUAUUUGUUGCGCAAAUCAGUGCAUAUCUUUAUAUAGACAACUCCAUAUUUCGGUUUCACGUAGCAUCAUUACCCGAACGAACGAACGGAUAGUAAUAAUAGUGAGAAAGCUUUAAUGACGACCUCAGUGUAAACACUGCCAUAAUUUCUGUUCCACUGAGGAUACUCAAUAUAUUCUAUUCAAUCUCUACUUUAAUAACUAAUUUCAUCUGUUAUUUUCAUUCUUAUUCUGAUUCCAUUACAUUCCUAUUGUUUUCGUUUAUUUUUUCAACAAACCUGCCUAGGUGAUGAAAUAUCAAGGUGGGGAUGAUAAUAAAAAUAAUAAUAAUUUCAACUCUAGGUUUGAAUGGAAGUUAUAAAUUAAAAAAGAAUAAUGAAUGAAAAUUGUACGAAUAAACAAUAUUGAUCUGAAUAUAUUUUAUGAAAAAAUAAUAAUUGAAAGAUUUACAAAAAUCCUGCUUUCUUUCAUGUGAUGUGUAAACUUCUUUAUUCGUAUGUAUCUGUGAAUUGAUUCAGGAUAAAGAAAAUUUUGAAUAUUUUAUUCUAGUACUAAGGAUCAAUUGUACCAUGACAUUAGGAAUGUAUGAGACCUUGAAGCAAUUUUUAAUGUGGUUGAGCCACCAAAAACAAGCAAAUAUUAUCAAAAUAAUCUUUUGUGGCAAAUUUCAUGAAUUAUUUUCAGGAGAGUCAUUAUGACUAGUCAGUUUAUUUUUUCAUGCAAAUUAUAUGUCUAUUCAUGGGUUCCUGAAUAACAUUUCAGUUCCUUCAAGGGUCCACAAUCUUUAUUUGAUGUAAUGUUAGAUAAAUCAUUUCAACCUAUAGUUUACAUAGUUAGCAAGAAUGUGAUGUAACUCAAACUAAUUUAUUUUAAAAUAGUUGUUAGUCAUUAAUUUAUUGUAGUGCUACAUACAAGUGCCAUUCAUUUGUUAUUCGGUCCCGUGAAUCACGGUUUGUUCUCCGAGAAAUAAAAACCCUAGUUCCAGGACCUUUCACGCAUUUGCUGGUGUUUUAAUGUAUGAGCAGAGUAAUAGAAAAUAUGUGAUUUUUGGUUACUUCAAACUGGUUGUUCUCAUGUAUCAAAAUGGUUCACUAAUGUGGUUCAAUUCGAGCAAGUAAUUUAUGAGGGAAAUACAUAUUUUUCUAUAAUGUAUGUGUGUAAUUUGUGUUUUUAAAAUAUUUUUCAAAAAAUCGAUAAAAAAUAAAAAAUUAAAAACA